AUGAGAGGAAAAAAAAGCGACAGCAGUGAUGAGAUAUAGUUUUUUCUUCAAGGUAAAGUAUUAGUAGCUCCUUUUAAUACAUAGGAUUAAAAGUGUUUUGUAGUGGCGGCUAUAUAAAUUUCAAACAAUGAAAAAUAUGUUGCCAUGAUUUAUUAGAUUUAAGCGAUCUAAUUAUUUCUCUAAGUAUGGGAUCUAGAAAGCUAAUAAUAAAUAAUUAAUUAGAAGUUUGGUACAAUGAUUCAUAGAGAAAUUAAAAUUUAAUUUUCUGGGGAUUCUGAAGUGAUAGGAAUUAAUUAAAGGCUUAGAUCUGAAUAAUCCACUUAAAUAUAUUUCUUAUAAGUUAAAACUGAAAAGGUAACUGAAUUGGUAAUACCUGAUUUUUAAUCUUUAAUUUCAAGUGAAUUUGCAAUCAAUUAUACGGGAAACAAAUGCAUAAUCAAUUAAUAUGAUCUUUUUUAUGUUUUUAAUAGUAUUUGGGACAAUUAAAACUAUAAUUACAAAUAUUCAAGUAUCAAUAACACAAUAGGUUAUGAUGUUAUAUUUAAAUUUUCAUUUUUUUAUGACAUUUUCUAUCUAUUUUAAAAAGGGUAACAAAAAUUAGAGUUAUGGACUUGCUAUAAAGACAACAAGGUCAAGUAAAUUGCCUCCUAUUUUGAUUCUUAUUUCAUAGAUGAUUUGUAAGAGAUGGAAUCAAAUAAACAAUUAUUAGUUAAUUAUAAGGCAAAUAUUUGGUCAACUAACACCGUUGUGAUAAUAUAUCUACCUAAAUUUAGCAUAAUUAGAAAAAUUUCACUUAGUUCUCAUUAUAAACACUCUGAUAUACUUACUUUACUACCUAGAACCGACUUGAUUUUACAAUUAAAGCACAAAUAAAGAAAAAGAGUUGAUGAGUUCAUGGUUUUCAAACAACAAUAAGACAAUUAUCAUGAAUCUUUUGCAAAAUUAACAUUCACAUAACCAGAAGCCAAAGUUUUGUAUGCUCCAAUAUUAAUUGAAGAAAAUUCUUUUCUUUUAAUUUCCAAAAGCCAGUUAUUGCAGGUGAUAAAAGACAGAGUUGAAAUUUAUUCAUUCAAAGCAGUUUGA